GAUCUACUAAACACUGGCUACAUGAGAGCAAUGCCUAAAUGAGAAUAUUGAGAAUGAAAAAUAGCCUAAAUAUUAUAUUAGCAUGUUAGGUUUGCACAUUUUGGGUUGUUGCUAGGUUGCUAAUUUGUCCUUGGAUAAUAUUUCCUGGUUUCCAUCGAUUAUUCAUCAAACACGGCUAUUUAGUUCAUGUCGAAUGCCUUUUCCUUUGUUACGCCUGCUGUAAGAGAAAGACAGCCUAGAACAGCUGAUGAUAGUCAAUCCUCAAUGGAAAUUUUCAUUUAUUUAUUUUGACAUUCAAUCAACCGGCUGAUGUGUACCUCAACACCUGAAAUUCAGGAAUUUUCCACUCAUUUUUUUAUUUCCGUUUGUGCGUGUUGUGUGGCUUAAAAUUAAAAUUAAAUCCCGGUCAGUGUUCGCACUUAUUUUUAGCCGAGCGUUACGUACAAUUUUGUAAUGGCCAAUUCAUCGUUCGACCGGCUCAAAGAACUGAAUUUGUCUCGCGAUGAAGUGAACCGACUCGGACAGGCUCUGAGAAAGGACGAUUUCCGAAAACUUUUGGUUAGUUGUGUGGAAGAAGUCCAGGACCCGGUGAACCGGCAAAAAUAUGAGAAUGAGGUAAAGCAAUUUGAGAGAGAAAGAGGUCAGGAAGUAACAUUUUUACAUCCAACACCGGGCUAUGUUAUUAAAACUAGCAUCAAUGGCAACCAAAAGGGCUUUAUCAAUAUUUGCUCUAACGAUGGCAUAAGUAAACCCUCUUCCUCUCUUACUAUAAAAGACGGAGCCAAAGGCCUUCAAUGGUCCUUACCCCAUUCACUAUCGCCUCCUCACAAUGAGAUAGACAAUAAGGGGGUAGAAUGUCAAGUUUAUGAUGUACUUUUCCACCCUGACACAUUGCAUUUAGCUAGUAAAAAUCAAGAACUUCGUUCUAUGGUCAAUAAUGUAGCCCUGACAGCCAUAGAAAACAACUUUGAUGUUGUUUUAGACAAGAAGAAUCUAAAAUUUCCUAAUAUAAUGUUUAAGGGCAUGAAAAGGGCUAGCCUAUUGAGAAAACCUACUGAGGACAAACCUCAAGCCGAAAUCAAUGAUAAAAUUUACACAGAAAUUGAUUCUAGGCGCAACCAAAAAAGCCCUACUAAAAAAAAUACCAAAACCCGAAGAAACAGUAAUGAGGAUAAUUCAGUUUACACCAAACCAAAAUACAUCAUAAAACACCGGUCUUAUGUAGACAUGACAGACUUCACAGAACAUAAAAAUGCAAAAAUGAAUGCAUCUAUCCCUAAAGAACUUAUUGUUGAAAUUGAUCUGCCACUACUUAAAUCUUCUGCCAAUAUGGAUUUGGAUGUUACUGAGAAAAAUGUGCAACUUGUGAGUGAAGAACCUGCAAAGUACAAAUUGAAUCUGACACUACCUCAUAGGGUAAAUGAUGUAAGCGGCAGUGCAAAAUUUGAUAAAGAUUUGAGGAAAUUGAUUAUUUCUUUGCCUGUUAAGAACCAAUGUGCUUAUGAGGCUGAUAGUGGAGUGGAAAGUUGUAUUGAAGAAAUUGAUUUGAAUGGUCCUAACAGUCCAGAGUCUGCCAAUGAUGAAUUAAGUGAUUUAAAAAGUUUUGGUUCCCUUCAUCUCAACGAUACAUACUCCACCCCUGAAUUUACUUGUAAUAUAUUCAACAACAUUGUUGCAUUUACGUUUCACAUCAAAAAUGUAGAUGAGAGUAGUGUCAGUAAAGUUGCCUGCUCAAAAACCUCUUUUGUCAAUGUGAAAUUCACCAGUAUCAGCUCUAAUUAUUAUCCUACUUGCUACGCAUUUUGUGUGAAAUUUCCUCAACAUGAAAUUAUUGAAGAAGAUGUAAACAUAGAAACAUGGGACAACAAUGUUAUUUUGCAAAUUCCAUUGAAGGCUAGUGAAAAGAAAUUUGUGUCAUAUUUGUGUGGUAGAAGUGAGUACGAUUUGAGCGAAAAAUGUAUUGAAGAACCUGCUGUUAUUAGCAAAAAUUUGGAAGUUGCAGAAAUAAAUGAGAAAAUACAGGCCAAACAAGAGAAAUUCACAGAUACCAAGCUCAAAAGUAAUGCCAUAGAUAUCCUGGCUACUUCCUAUGGGUCAAGUGGCGAUGAGUUAAGCGCUAGCAGCUUAAAAAAUGAGAAAAUACAGGCGAAACAAGAGAAAUUCACAGAUAACAAGCUCAAAAGUAGUGCCAUAGAUAUCCUGGCUACUUCAUAUGGGUCAAGUGGUGAUGAGCUAAGCGCCAGCAGCUUUUCACCAAGAAAAAGUAGCAAAGGUAUUCUCAAAAGGAUAUCAAAUAAAAGGGCCUCAUUUGGCAGAAGUGUGUCUGAAUCCAGCUUGGACGAUUACCUGUGCUCUUCCUAUGAAAAUUAUGGGUUUAGCAAUAUUGAGUGUGUCCCUGAAGAAUCUCGAGAAGGAGAAGAUGAAGAGUUGGCUUCAAGUUUGAAGAAAACUGUCAGAUUCAAUGAUGUGGUUUCAAAGCAGUUAUUCAGAUCCAACUCCAGCAUUCUUGGCCAGAAAAAGAAAAAUCAACGUAAAGCUCGCAACAAGAAGCGUGCCCACGAGCGUCGCUACAGCGAAAGCGAAGCUUCGGAUGUUGACAGCAAAAAGGAGGGAGAUAACCAGACUAAUAGUGAGACAGAGAAAGAGAGCAAGCCUGAGGAGAACGUCGCAGUUAAAAAAGACGACAGCGACAUCUUUCAUUUGGAAAUUAAUAAUUAAUUCACAGUUUGUGUCUUAAUUGUUUCGCUUAUUCAAAAAUCAUAUUGAUUCUUUAUACCUACUUAGUUUUUUUAGCAAUAAUUUUUUUUGUCAAAAUUUGUAAUAGAUAACUGACAGUUUUUGGCGGCAGCACUAAAAUUCAAAUUCAUUUUUCAAAGUCGUUUUUUGUACCUCAGUGAUCAUUUUAUGGUUUAAAAAACUUGGUACUUCGUCUUUAUCCCAGUGGUUGCAUGUUGCAUGAUUGAAUUUUGUCUUUUUUGUUGGUUGGAUUUGAUAUUGAAGUACAACAAAAAAAAAGCUGUGGGAAAUACAUAUUACAUAAUAAUUGUUUGGCAAAAUUAUUAUUAUAAAACUAACACUGUUAUUAUUUUACAUUUUUACAAUUUUAUUAGAACAUCCAUAUGUGGGAUGAAUACUGUUUUAGAAAUAAAAAUAUGAAAUAUUUA